ACUACUGAAUCCCGUGCGGGUUCUUCCCUUCUCCGGAGCGGAAACCCAGAUCUCCUCCUCGCCGCCGCCGAAAGCGAGAGAAUUGUCUCCAAAUAGGGAAAUCAGAAACCCUAAUCGCUCUUUAUCAAGAUCCCGUUGUUCUCCUCGUCGCUUCCUUAGAUCCGGAGAAGAAUUAUGGACGAGGAGCGUAGCGGGUGGUUCAUCUAUAGCUUCGUUGCUCGUGGAACGAUGGUGCUCGCUGAGUACACCGAGUUCACCGGAAACUUCCCCGCCAUCGCCGCUCAUUGCCUUCAGAAGCUCCCCUCCUCCAAUAGCAAGUUCGCCUACUCUUGUGAUCAACACAUCUUCAAUUUCCUCGUCCACGAUGGCUAUGCAUACUGUGUUGUUGCAAAGGAAUCUGCACCGAAACAUGUCUCUGUAGCCUUUUUGGAACGCUUGAAAGCAGACUUUAAAAAAAGAUAUGGUGGUGGCAAGGCCGAUACAGCAGCUGCCAAGAGUCUCAACAAAGAAUUCGGUCCUGUUAUAAAGGAACACAUGCAAUAUAUUAUUGACCAUGCUGAAGAAAUAGAGAAGCUCGUGAAAGUGAAAGCCCAAGUUUCGGAAAUCAAAAGUAUCAUGUUAGACAAUAUAGACAAGGCUAUUGACAGAGGAGAGAAGAUCAAUGAUCUCCAAGAGAAGACCACCGAUUUGCACAAUCAGGCUCAAGACUUCAAAAAAAAAGGCCAACGGGUUCGGAAGAAGAUGUGGCUUCAAAACAUGAAAGUUAAGCUGGUUGUCCUUGGAAUUCUCUUGAUUCUAGUUCUAAUAAUAUGGGUUUCUGUUUGCCAUGGAUUUAAUUGCACUAAGGAUCACAAUUAGCUGACAGAAAGACAACCCGUCCCCUACUGGUGAUCAAUUGAACAGGUGAAAAACAUACUGUGAAGUCUUCUCCAGAUGAUACAAGCUUGCAUAUGGCCCAUAGUUUUUAGAUAUUAUGUUUGUGUCUGUGUCUGUGUGUGUAGAAAUGGAGUUUGUUGAGGAAAAUUUGUCUGUUUAUUAAAAUUGUCUUUCUGGUCUUCAA